UGUGAAUACAAUAGAGGACGACUCCGCUCGCGUGGAGGCAAGAGAGGAGGAAGAGGACGGUGCGUACGCCAUCUCGGCCAGCGUUAUGGCCCAAGUGCCGGGCCUCGUCGGCCUAGCACCGCCAAUGCGGGCCGUGUGGCCCCCCCCUCAUCGCCAUCGUCUAAAAAAUUCAUUUAGAUUUUGGCAGCUCAUCUCUCGUGCAACACACCAUCGCGCUGUGCCCCAGUUUUGGAAAUGGGAAUCAACGCCGUGAAGUGGGAGGUGAGGGGGGUGGAUGGCCGGACUGGGAGAAGCGCGCAAGCCACACAUCGACAGCGGCAAAGCCACUGGCCAUGCCCGCGCAUGUGUCGUUCGCCCAACAGACAGGGUUUCCCCGGGCGGUCAGUGCGGAGGCAACUUGGCACUAGCAGGCACCAAGCGGUCGUGGCCGAUCCCUUGUUAGGGCUUGCACUCCGAACGAGGCUUGACAGCUGACAAGACCGUCUGGUCUCGAGUCUUAGACAGCCAUGACUCGUCCCGAUGCCAGUGACAGCCGACAGAGCCGUUGUUGGCGUCGGCGGGAUGGCUGGCCCAGAUUGGGAUAUUAACGUUCACGACCAGCAUGGAGCGGGCGUGCGCUGGCGCGAGCACAAACAGUCUGGGGGUUUGAACUCUGAAGCCCUCCAUUCCAUCUCCAUAUAUGUACACCAUUGCGUCGCCGGCUUUUGGUGAUGCAGUUGUCACGACUCUAGGAGCGCGCGAGCUUUGGUGCCCCGCGCCUGCUUUUUAGAGCACCUUCCCUAUACGAAGCAGUCUCAAGAGCAGUUUCCCAAUCGUCUUCUCACUUUCGACUGACCAGUCACCGGGUCACCGGGUCGCCGGGUCACCGGGUCGCCAAGCGCCGACGGAAGGAAGCUGCACCAAGUUGCAUUUCGGCAGGCACGCCGUCCUUUUUCUUAUUUCCAUGUGCGACGGCCGCGCCUCAAGACCUGCUGCUUCGGUCUCGCCAACAUGCGUUUCUGGCUGAAUGCGGCACUCGUGGCGUCCAUCCUGCUGCCCUCGCCGUCUCGCGGGCACACAACUAGAGCCAAUGCCCUCGGUACUCCCACGCAGGUGCUGGCUGACGUUCCCAAAUGCGCGGCCAGCUGCCUGACCACGGCCGUGUCCAAGUCAUCAUGCUCUCUCUCGGACAUGCAGUGCAUCUGCGACACAAAAUCAAUCAAUGAUGAAGCCAGCCAGUGCAUAUUGCACUCGUGCUCCCUCUCCGACGCGCUCGUCGCCAAAAACGUCACAUCAAUAGCCUGCAAUGCCCCCUUUCGUGAUAAAUCGGGCCAGUAUAGCGCCAUGGCCAUCUCUCUCGGAUCUAUCGCCGUCUUCCUCGUCCUGGCCCGCGUCAUUUUCAAACGCUUCUUCAGCGCAAGGCGCUCUCUUGCUCCCGAGGACACAGUUAUCCUAGGCACUCUGGCUCUUCGUGUGUCCUGCAUCAUCAUCAACGUCCGCGGCCUCGCUCACCAUGGUCUGGGCAGGGACGUAUGGACACUGCCCUUGGAGGAGCUGUCGACAUUUGGCAUGUACCUCUACAUCAUGGAGGUACUAUACUUUGUCGAAUUGUCCCUCAUCAAGAUCAGUCUAUCGCUGUUUUACAUGGGCAUCUUUCCUGGGACGAAUAUCCGGCGGCUGCUCUUGGGAACGACUAUCUUCAACGGCAUUUUUGGCCUGGCGUUUGCCUUGGCAGGCAUUUUCCAAUGCCAGCCGGUCAGCUACUUCUGGACCCAAUAUACCGAUCCGCGAGGCGGCAGUUGCAUCAACCUGAACGCUUUUGGCUGGGUCAACGGUGCUCUCAGCGUGGCGGUUGACCUCUGGUUGAUUGCCAUACCCCUAAGCCAGGUCUCGAAGCUAACCUUGCACUGGAAGAAGAAGAUGGGGGUCAUCAUCAUGUUUAUCAUGGGAACUUUUGUCACUGUUGUCUCCAUCUUGCGACUGCAAUCUCUCGUUUUCUUCGCCAACUCGACCAACCCAACUUAUGAUCAGUGGAGCCCCGUCAAUUGGUCUACCGUCGAGGUCAACGUUGGCAUGAUAUGCACGUGCCUCCCGAGUUUGCGGCUUAUCCUUGUGCGCAUCUUCCCUCGCCUUGGGUCCGGGUCCAAGGGUGGGAGGUCGCACGGCUCUGAUUCUUCUCAUUCGCAACCGAAGCUGUCCGAUUCCAGGGUCACCAAGGAGCAACAUCACCUGUCCGACCUGGAGUCCGGCAAGGUGCACCAGUGGCAUCGCAUAGAGACCGAGUCAAUAUCAUAGAGCACUGGAGUCAGUACCAAGGACUUGCCCGCUUGUGGAGAUUUGCGCGACCUAGCUUGAAUCCAUUUGUUUGGCAGUAAAAAACAGGAUGCCUCGGUUUGGAUCAAGUCAAAAAGUAUCAUAAUACAAUGAUCUUCCAUUGAGCGUGGCAUGCGAAUAGCCAUGAUUCGAUCGGGCUACAGCAACUAAUAAAUAAAUUUCAGGUCCCGCGCCGUUUACCAGUGCGGAACUACAAAGUUUGAAUUCAUCUGGCCCGUCAUUGCAGCUGGGUACGAGGCGGCGAAGCCUGCACGAAGGUCCAUGAAUCUGUAAAGAUUACGAGGAAGCAGAAGAGUUGAAGUCUAUGCUAUCAAGGGGCCCAAGGCGG